CGCCUAUUAAACCCGGCGCCGGCCGCCAGCUCUUGGCCGCAUCCGUUCCACCCUGCCGCCAGCCACCGACGAGUAGUGCUCCUUGACCCCCCUCUCCUCGCCCUGCUCGCGUCCGGUCUCCGGUGGCUAGAAGCCGAGGGUUCGUCGGAAAACCUGUACUGACUGUGCCGGCCGUCGGCGAUGGCUUCGGAACCGGUGAUCGGGAAGCUCAGCGUCCGCGUUGUCCGAGGCCACAACCUCAUCGCCGCCGACCCACUCACCCAGACCAGCGACCCCUACGUCAUCCUCUCCUACGGCUCCCAGAAGGUGAAGACUUGCGUUCAGAACAAAAGUGUCAAUCCUGUAUGGAAUGACGUAUUGCUUCUCCCUGUCACAAAUCUUACAAAGUCGGUCAAACUUGAGGUUUUUGAUGCGGACACAUUCACAGCGGAUGACAGCAUGGGAGUGGCUGAGUUCAGCGUAACUGAUAUCUACGACGCCGCAAAGCUGGAUCUAAAGCAUGCCUCUGACGGAACCAGGAUCAAGACCAUCUACCCGGUUGGCACAAACUACCUCGGCGGCGAGAGCCACGUGUCGUGGACGAACGGCAAGGUCGUCCAAGACUUGAUUCUGAAGCUCAAGGACGUCGACAGUGGCUCUGUCGUGCUGCAACUGGAAUGGGUUCACGUCCCCCCGAGUGUCGCGAUUUAAGCUGUGCCGACUGAAUGUUAUUGCAGCCUUGUUUGAUGUAACUGCAGCCGUGGUUGGUUUGUUCCCAGAUGAGUUGGCACUUUGUGGAUGUUGUGGUUUGCAGUGUUUCUGGAUUAUUGAUUUCAGCUUGAUGUGUGCACUGUAUUUGUAAUACUGUUGUUGUGAAGUUUGUGCUUGAAGUCAAACAAAUAAGAGAUACCGUUUGUGGUCA